AUGGUUAUUGACGUGGACGUCCCCGAUGGGAUGGACAUCGAUGCUCCGCUUGCCACCGUGGGGCGCCGAGAGUGUCGGCAACCCGAAAGGCGGCAUGAAUCCAGAAAACCGGUACAAAGCGGUGUUCAGGGCCCUAAAGGUAAACCCACAAAUUCGAAGGGGGCCGGCCGUGGCGGCGAAAGCCGGCCAAUCCCGCAGGCAAGCCGGAAACGACACCAGCCCGGAACCACUCCGGCUGUGAAGGGCGCUGGAAACAAAGCACGGAACGGCGGUCCCCAGGGCCAAAAGGGUAACAACCGGAAGGCCAAAAAGACAGGAAACACGGCUCAAACGCCGCCUGUCGUGGUUUGCAACGCCGGGCCGAGUUCCUCGGAACGCGCACCCGUGUGUGUGCAGACACUGUCUACCCUGCAGCCACCGGCAGGGGAGGUUGUCGGAAACGGUGGCUGCCGCUCUCCGACCGUGUAUUCCAUAUCGUCGGAUGACUUUAUGGACGUGGACGAAGAGGAACCUGAGCAAGUCGGGCCUGUGAGAGAAUCAAACAACAGUAUAGCACCGGGCACCGCCAGUGAGGUGGCGCUCACUGAGACGGCUGCGUUGCCGAGGGCACCCGAAGGGCACGCCCCGCAGGCUGAACGGGCCGGGAACACGCCACAAAUGCCGCCGAACUACGCUAGGCUGAAUGCCAAGUUACAGUUCCUGCACUGUGUCAUGCGUCAGAUCGAUGGACCAUGGUGUCAUUGGGUACCGGACGUCUACAAGGCAGUAGUGACGAAGUAUCAGAGGAUGCCACGAGGAGGAUGGAAAGUCCUCGCGGAAUAUGCCAACGAGCAUUUCGAAUUCCACAAGACCCACAAGGAGGUGGAGCAGAUGGCAAGACAGGUAGUCGCCAAAGCAGCGCGGAGCCAACCGACGGACGUUGGAGAAAUAGCAUCGCUGCACGACGUCGACUCAUACAACGCCCUGCAGGAGGAUUUCGACCGGAUCAUGGCACAGAGGUUGAGGGAGCCUGGUGUGAUUAGGACAGUAAAGAACAAAAGACACACCAUGGACUCCCUCGACUUCACGGCGAUAAGGUCGCUGGAUCUAGUGGUCCACAACUACGUGAAGCACAACCCAGUCACUGACAUGGGGAUGCUAGCCAUCUUGUAUCAAACGGCACAGGACUGCUACGACAAGUACAGCGCAAAACCAUCGUCGUCCUCGGGAAAGAAGGAGGCAGCUGAGAGGAGGAUCAAGGAGCUGGAGGAGAUAGGAGCAUUACUUCUGAAAUACAAGCAGAAGGUCCCCCUGGAGAAGGAGGAUAGGAAACGCGUUUAUCGCCAAAUGGACAAGUACAACAUGAUCGCGGACAAGCCGCAGGAACUGUCAUACGUGAUCAGCAGGACUCAAGAGGAGCUCCAAAAGGAGCAGGACAAACUCAAGAACGCCAAGUUCAAGAAGGAGUUGUACAACGACAACCGCAUGUUCGAGCUCUACACGGGACACUUCUACAGGACACUGGAGAACAAGCAGGACGCGGACGAGUCGGCGAUAAACGAGGGGAUGAUGAUAGAGUACUGGGCGCAAAUGUGGGUGAAGCCAAACGCACCGCACAACGGUGAAGGAUAUCUGGUCGAAAGACCACCGGCAGAGAACAAGGCAGGCUUUCCCACAUACGAGGAAUUCGUCACGAUCGUCAAGAAAUUGCGAGACUGGAAGUCGCCCGGUGCGGAUGGGAUCUACAACUACUACAUUAAAUGGCUCACGUCCCUUCACAGAGUCAUUUACAGGCUAGUAGAGGAGGCAUGCCAGCAAGGCAAAGUGCAGGACGACUGGUUCUACUGUGGGAUCACGUACCUACUACCGAAGAACAAGAAACCAAAGUCCGCCGCACAGUACAGGCCUAUCACAUGCAUGUCCAACCUAUACAAGCUAACUACCCGCUGUGCAACGGAGACGCUUAAGCGAGAAGUCGAUGGCAGGGGACUACGGUCCGAGAACCAGAUGGGCACGAGGAGCAACGUACAGGGUGCAAAGGAGCACGCGUUAGCGAACAUCGCGCUCAACGAGAAGCACAAGGGGAAGUUACUUGCAACGUGGGUCGACGUCAUGAAGGCGUACGACUCAAUCGACCACGCGUACCUGGCAAGGGUUAUCGACAACCUUAACCUACCAGGGUGGUUAUCAAACUUCAUCAAGCAGACGAUCAAGAGGUGGAACAUAGAGAUACGGUGGAACAAGAACACAAUCAUGCACAAGAAAGUGGAGAGGGGCAUUCUCCAAGGCGACAGCCUAUCGCCCCUUCUCUUCGUGCUGUGCUUGGACCCGCUGAGCAGGCACCUGACUCGCAUCUUCCCCAAGGUGGAGUUAAGCGUGACCGGCGGCAGGAUAUUCGCCACAAACCACUUUCUCUAUAUUGACGACCUCAAGUUCUUCGCCCACGAGGAAAGUACGAUGAGAGGAAUGGGCCGAGAAGUGGAGAAGUUCUUCAACGACAUAGGACUCAGGAUCAACCGCGACAAGUCGGCAACCAACACGGAGGCGUGCGCCAGCAUCGCCAAGCAGAUGGAAGGCCCGGAAACGUACAAGUACUUGGGAGUCACAGAGACUUCAAACUCACUGACAAGCGACGGAAUGUUCGACAUAAUACUACAGGAGAUAUGCAGGAGAACGGAGCUACUGGCUGCGUCAAAGCUGUCGGGGAAAAACCUCUCGAUGGCCAUCAACCAGUACGCCCUCAGCGUCAUCAACUACUACAUCGGCGUGAUCCCCAUGGACAUCACGCAUUUCGACAAGAUCGACCUGGCAGUACGGAGAAUAAUUAACGCGAAGCACGGACACAAGAAGUGGGCGAACACACAGAGGCUCUACCUCCCCCGGAAAGAGAUGGGGAGAGGGCUCCACAGCAUGGUA